AAGCUGCCAUUUUGAGUGUGAAGCAGACUGUGAAGUACUACACAGUUCGCAGUACGCCUGUAUAUGCCUGCUUCCUUGACCUGUCCAAAGCGUUUGACCUGGUUUCCUAUGACAUCCUAUGGCAAAAACUUGACAAGCUGUCUAUGUCACGUGACUUAGUGCAUAUUUUGAAAUAUUGGUACUUGAACCAGGUCAACGUGGUUCGGUGGGCCGGGGAAUACUCGGAUCCGUACAGGUUGGAGUGCGGGGUGAGGCAAGGAGGGUUGACCUCGCCGAAGCUCUUCAAUCUUUACGUGAACGCCCUGAUAGAGGAGCUCAGUAGUACGCAUGUUGGCUGCCAUAUAGACGGUGUCUGUCUUAAUAAUAUAAGUUAUGCGGACGACAUGGUGCUGCUGAGUGCUUCUGUCUGUGGAUUGUCGAAACUCAUUGCAAUAUGUGAAAGAUACGCUGAAAGCCAUGGUUUGAUAUACAACGCGAAGAAAAGUGAGUGUAUGGUCUUUCAUAGUAGAGGAAAAUGUCCAGAUAAUAUUCCAUCUAUCAAACUCAAUGGUGCGCCUUUAAAAAAGGUAGAAGAAUUUAAAUACCUUGGACAUCUAGUGACCUCUGAUUUGAAGGAUGAUGCAGAUAUUGAAAGGGAGCGCAGGGCACUGUCUGUGAGAGCAAAUAUGAUUGCCCGAAGGUUUGCUCGCUGCUCAGUGGAUGUUAAAAUCACUCUCUUUAGAGCUUUCUGUACUGCCUUGCGUGUCCAGUUCAAUAAUGCCUUCAGGGUGCUGUUGGGGCUGUCUCGGUUCUGUAGCGCGUCCGGGAUGUUUGCCGAAUUCGGCGUAGAUUGUUUUUACACAACGAUGCGAAAAAGGUGCGCAUCCCUGGUGCGCCGGACCUGGGGGAGCUCAAACAGUAUCCUGAGGCUAUUCUCUGAGCGUUUUGACUGUCAGUACAUGAAUCAUUGUUGCAUGAUUCAUGUGCUGCCUUAUUUAAAAUAA